UUGUAUGGGCGCACUGCAUAGGGCGUGAACGGGUCGCCUUCGGGCACUAGGUAGUGUAAAAAAACGAGGAGGGAAAAGACGUGAAUUAGACUUUCACUCUCUCGAGUGCCCUAUGUAGUGUGAAAGCCGGGGGGUCGUUUAUACAGCAGUGCGAACGCGAAGCGCGAACGAAGUUGCCCCGGCCGCGGUCCCGUGACUCCGAGCUUUACAGCGCCGUCAGGAGUCGCAGCGAAGCGGCUAUGUGCUCAAAGCACUGGGAGGAAAAUGAGGAUCGGACGUGAGCGACGUGCGCAUCCGGGAGCAGACGAGAUGAAAUGGAGAGCUCGGACGGUAGGGACUUUAUAAAAGAAAGCGUUUCGUCUCGCGCAUCCGAGCGGAAGGAACCGACCGGCGGCGCUGCGGCGGUCAUCAUGGGCCUGACCACUUACUGCAGCCCGUCCGCGGCGACUGAGCUCCUGGGGGGUCUACCGCCCAAAUCCUGUAUCUCAGCUCUGAAAGAGCCCAAAACCAACGGCGAGGUUGUGUCAUCACUGACUGCUCUAGGUGGGAAUUACAACGGAUUUCCUUUACAAGCAGAUUCCUGCAGGCAAAAGAAUGGACAAAGUGAGACGCCCAAUGGCCCAACCAUCUGCACCCAGCAUCCAACUGACAACUGCUCCAUCCCCAUGAAGCGAUCAAAUGGAGAGCUGAAAUGCAGAAGUCAGCGACUGAAAGAUGACGAGAUUACCUCUGGAAGUUUAGAUGGAACCCGAGCAGAUUCCGGGUCACCAAAGUGCCCGGAAGACCUUUGUUCGUCUCCUGACGGCAAAAGAAGACGGCUAGAAGUAGAAAAUGACUCCAAAACAGAAAACGUGAAAAGCACACCGCCUGCUGGGUCUAUUGCAGGCAAGAGCCAGCAUCUGAAUCACUGUAGCAGCUCACACAAUGUGUCCUCUCCUGCACGGGUUCUCCACAACAGGCACAGUGUGGUGACCCAGACCCCAGCACAAGGAAGUACAGUGUCUGCGGGGGUGCCCUCUGUCCCGCCGGCGGGUGGAGUUGCAACCAGCUGGUCCAUGGAGAGUAUUGCCCAGCUCUACAUAGUGCCUUGUAUGAAAUACUAUGGCAUCUGUGUUAAAGAUAAUUUCCUGGGCUCACAACUAGGUGACCGGGUGCUACAGGAGGUGGAGAUGCUGAAUCACAGUGGGAAGUUUUGCGGAGGACAGCUGGUGAGCCAGAGGAACAUCCCAUCUAAGAACAUCCGUGGAGAUCAGAUAGCUUGGGUGGAGGGUGGAGAACCUGGCUGUGAGGCCAUUGGCAAGCUCAUGGCUCAUGUCGACGAAGCCGUCAUGCACAGUUCAGCGAAAGGAAAGCUUGGGGAUUAUGUUAUUAACGGCCGCACUAAGGCUAUGGUGGCGUGUUACCCUGGCAACGGCACGAAAUAUGUGCGUCACGUUGAUAAUCCAAACGGAGAUGGGCGCUGCAUUACCUGUAUCUACUAUCUGAAUAAGAACUGGGAUGUGAAGGUUCAUGGUGGAUUAUUGCAGAUUUACCCAGAGGGCCGAAACGUUGUCGCUAACAUUGAGCCCUUCUUUGACCGCCUGCUCAUUUUCUGGUCAGACAGACGAAACCCCCAUGAAGUGAAACCGGCCUACUCUACUCGAUACGCCAUCACAGUUUGGUACUUUGACGCCAAAGAGCGAGCCAAAGCUAAGGAAAAGUACAGACUAGCUAGUGGACAGAAGGGGGUUGAAGUGCCGGUCAGUCAAGUGGAUAAUAAAUAAAGUCCUCACCAGCUCAGGCAUCCCAUUGUGUCCUUCCAUGUAUGUGCCUAGCCAUGCUGCUAUCUGAACAACUAUUUUCAUGGGAAGGAGCAGGACAAGCAAAAGAAAAUGCAGAAAACAUCUAAAUAUCCCUACUCCUGUUGGUCUGGGACUGAUCAGUCAGAUAGACUUCAUUGAGAAGUCAUGGCUGUUGGAGGUAGAAGAGUUACAUGCAGAGGAUUGAAGGAGGAGCACUGACUCUGUCAGUCAGAUUCAGCUUGGGAACUACUGAUAAGCUCAAACUUGAGAAUAUUAUAUGAAUAAAAUUGCCAAAAUGUAUUACAAAAUUAUCACUACUGUACUUUUGCCCUUACCUGUAAGUAAAAUUUUUUGUAUAGUAAUAAAUCAGAUUUUUUUUGCUCUUAUAUGAACUAGCACUUCCUCUUGGAGAAGAUACCCAUUUUAGUAGUCUAGCUUAAACCUGUUGGAAGGAGAAGAGGAAGGGAUGAGCCACUGGCCGGUUCGAUCCAGACCAUAUCAUAAGCUGGAGUUAAGCAGCGGUCACGUUGAGCAGUGUUCUCCCCCCAGUGAUCUGCACCCACCCUCCGAUACCCUAACAAAACAGCGGAACUUUGCACUCCAGACGUUUUGGAGCGAACAGAGGACCUUAUGACCGCUGGUACCGAGCUCGGUCAGUUCCUUGGUAUAAUACACCCUGGUGUAUAAUGCAGAACAUAUUUAAGGGUGUAUAGCAGGAGGGUCAAAACAGGGUUCACUGACUGUGAUUUUUAUGUGUACGGAUGUGUUUUAUAGUGAGAAUGUUAGCUAUGAUUUCAUGGCUAUGCCUAUACUGAGUUUUUUUUUCUUUUCUUCUAAACUAAACAGCCUUCUCUUGUAAGAAAGCACAGACAAAAUGAAGUGUUCUAGCAUGUCUUUAAAAGGGCGCUCUGUGUUUUCGUGGCAAUGCACUUGACUGAGUACCCUUUAAAUAUAGGGAGCUGACAAUCUCUUAUUAAACAAAUGCAUUCCUGUUGUGUAUAUUUUAUUGUGAAGACUUUUGUAAAGACGACAGAAUGCCAUUAAGCAAUGAAAAAAAAGUAACUUCGGUUUAAAAUAACCCUGGUUUUGACUUUAAAGUGAAUUACUCUUUAAACCGAAUUGGAUAGUGAUUAAAAACUAGACACAUCUUAGUGGGAAAGAGAAUGGGCUUGUCUGUGUUCAUCAGAUGAUGGCAGAUGGUAAGAGAGGAUAUUAACAAGCACUUUAUUGUAGAUAAUGCCCUAUUAAAAUAGGAUUGCUGUUAAAUGAUCAGUAAUGCAAUAUAUAGUUUUAAAACUAUACAGCAGAAGAAUUUGCUUAAUUUUUCUCUCCGUUUGCAGUAUUUAAAUAAAAUGUCAGAUCUUGUACAUUUGUA